GGGAGAAGCGGGUUUGUUUUUGAAUCUGCGGAGGCGGCGGCAGUGGCAGCGGCGGCACGGCGACUGAAGCGCGCUAGGCUGAGGCGGCAGCGUUGGGGACGGCUGCGCAGGACGGCGUGUAGGAAGGAACUUGGUUCCCCCUCCGUCCUCUCCCGCCCCAAAAGAUCCAAUAUGGAUAAUAUAGAAGAACCUCAGAAAAAAGUCUUUAAGGCUCGAAAAACAAUGAGAGUGAGUGAUCGGCAACAGCUUGAAGCAGUAUACAAAGUCAAGGAAGAACUAUUGAAAACUGAUGUCAAGCUUUUAAAUGGCAGCCAUGAAAAUGGAGAUUUGGACCCAACCUCCCCUUUGGAAAAUAUGGAUUAUAUUAAAGAUAAGGAAAAGGUAAAUGGCAUUGAAGAUAUUUGUUUUGGUUCUGAAGAAAGUAAAACAGAAUGGAAAGAAAAACCCUGUAUUCUACAUGUUAAUGUAAAAAACAAGCAAGAAGAUGAUUUAAAUGAACCUUUGUCUCCUCAAAAAGUAACCCCUGAACCAGCCUCUGAACUGACCACUGAGCAAACUUCUGGUAAUCUAGCCUCUAGUGAGCUGGCCACUGGAGAUUCAGCCUCUAGUGAUUCCACUUCUGCUGAUCUCACCACUGGGGAUGCAUCCUCUGGUGAUCCUGCUUCUGGAGAACUUAGCUCUAGAGAUCCUGCCACUGGUGAUUCUGCCUGUGGUGAACUGGUUUCUAGUGAACCUAUUGCUGGUGAACCAGUUCCUAGUGAAAGAGUUUGUGGUGAACCAGCUUCGGGUAAUUGUGCCUCUGAUAAUCUAUCCUCUGAUGAUCUAGUUUCUGGUGAUUCACCCUCUGAUAAUCCUUCCUGUAGUGAACUGGUCUCUGAUGAUCUGGCCCCUGGUGAACCAGCCCCUGGUGAUCUGGCCUCUGGUGAACUGGCCCCUGGUGACCAGGCCCCUUGUGAACCAGCCUCUAGUGACUUGGCCUCUAGUGACCUGGCCUCUAGUGAACUGACUUCAGAAUCAGCCUUUGCUCCCACCUUUGAACCAAGUUCUGUACCAGAACCAGCUCUUGAAACUGACAGUACAGAACAGUGUAGCAAUAACGAUAAAGAUUUUCUUGAAAAAAAUGAGGAUGAUGAAAGUUUAGGCCAGAUUCAGAAUAAGGACUCAGUUGAUGAGAAAAAGAAAGCUGACAGUAAUAUUGAUAGUAGUAAUGAAGAAACUCUAGAAACAGGUGAUACAGUGAUUUGUUCAGAUAUCUCUCCUGAAAAUGAAAAGAAGGGAGAAGAUCCUUUCACAGAGCUUGCUCUUGGAGAAGAGGCUAUAUCUAGCAGCAUGGAAAUUGACCAAGGUGAAAAGAAUGAAGAUGAAAAAUCUACAGACCUUGUGGAAACCAUUAGUGAAAAUGUCAUACAAAAUGACAAAAAUGAGACUAUCUUAGAAAAUACUGAUUCUAUGGAGGCAGAUGAAAUUAUUCCUAUUUUGGAAAAACUUGCACCUGCUGAGGAUGAACUUACUUGCUUUUCUAAAACUUCUCUCCUUCCAAUUGAUGAGACAAAUCCAGAUUUGGAAGAGAAAAUGGAAGUUUCUUUUGGUUCACCAUCUAAACAAGAAAGUAGUGAGAGUUUGCCUAAAGAAGCCUUUUUGGUCCUUUCUGAUGAAGAUGAUAUUUCAUGUGAGAAAGAUGAGUCUGAAAUUAUAUCACAAAAUGAAACAUGCUCUACAGCAGAAGUAGAGAAGAAUGAAAAGGACAGCAAAUCUCAGGAAGAAGAGCAAAUGGUAGAUGAGGAAGAUGAAAGACCUUCUGAAAAAAAUGAAUUUCUUGGAAGAAAACGUUCUAAGUCAGAAGACAUGGACGAUGUGCAGGCCAAACGUCGCCGUCGCUAUAUUGAAGAGGAAUAUGAGGCAGAAUUUCAAGUGAAGAUUACAGCCAAAGGAGACAUUAACCAGAAGCUUCAAAAGGUCAUGCACUGGUUGCUGGAAGAAAAAUUGUGUGCACUACAGUGUGCUGUCUUUGAUAAGACUUUAGCAGAAUUGAAAACACGAGUGGAAAAGAUUGAAUGCAACAAGAGGCACAAGACUGUUCUUACUGAACUACAGGCCAAGAUAGCCAGGUUAACCAAACGUUUUGGAGCAGCCAAAGAAGAUCUUAAGAAAAGACAAGAGAACCCACCAAACCCACCUGUAUCACCUGGAAAAUCUUCAAGUGAUAUGAUUAGCAAUAAUAUGGCCUACAGAAAUGCAAGCACAGUAAGACAGAUGUUGGAGUCCAAAAGAAAUGUAGGUGAGAGUGCACCGCCAUCUUUUCAAACUCCUGUGAAUACAGUGUCUUCAACCAAUCUUGUUACUCCUCCAGCAGUUGUCACUAGCCAGCCUAAAUUGCAAAAUCCAACAACCUCAUGUUCUCAGACAGCAACACCAGUUCUUCCUGCACCCAAUACAGCUACAGUAGUUGCAACUACUCAAGUGGCUACUGGAAAUCCUCAGCCUACAAUUUCUUUACAGCCUUUGCCAGUGAUUUUGCAUGUUCCUGUUGCAGUAUCCUCUCAGCCUCAGCUCCUACAGAGCCAUCCAGGGACUUUAGUAACCAAUCAGCCAUCUGGCAGUGUUGAAUUUAUUUCUGUGCAAAGCCCACCUACAGUGAGUGGUCUUACCAAAAAUCCAGUAUCUUUGUCAUCUUUGCCAAAUCCUUCUAAACCAAACAAUGUUCCUUCUGUGCCCAGUCCUAGUAUUCAAAGGAAUUCUCCUGCCAGUGCUGCACCAUUAGGAACAACACUUGCUGUACAGGCUGUUCCGACAGCACACUCUAUUGUACAAGCCACAAGGACUUCUUUACCUGCAGUAGGCCCAUCAGGACUCUAUAGUCCAUCAAAUAAUCGAGGUCCCAUACAGAUGAAGAUUCCAAUAUCUGCUUUUAGUACUUCGUCUUCUGUGGAACAAAAUAGCACUACUGCCCCAAGAAUUGAAAACCAGACAAACAAACCAAUAGAUGCUUCUGUUAAUAAGAAAGCAGCUGAUAGCACAGCACAGGGUGGGAAAGCCACUGGCAGUGAUUCAGGUGGUGUCAUCGAUCUCACAAUGGAUGAUGAAGAAAGUGGAUCUUCACAAGACUCCAAAAAAAUCAGUCACACUCCUGUAUCAACUAUGGGUUCUUCUCAGCCCAUGCCUCGACCAUUACAACCCAUCCAACCAGCACCACCUCUUCAGCCAUCUGGGGUACCAACAAGUGGACCAUCUCAAACUACGAUACACUUACUACCUACAGCUCCAACCACAGUGAAUGUAACACAUCGUCCAGUAACUCAGGUGACCACAAGACUCCCUGUACCAAGAGCUCCUGCAAACCAUCAAGUGGUUUAUACCACUCUGCCAACACCAACAGCUCAGGCCCCACUACGAGGAACUGUUAUGCAGGCUCCUGCUGUUCGACAGGUCAAUCCUCAAAAUAGUGUUACUGUUCGAGUGCCUCAAACAACCACGUAUGUUGUAAAUAAUGGACUAACCCUGGGAUCAGCAGGACCUCAGCUCACAGUGCAUCACCGACCACCACAAGCGCAUACUGUAAAUGAGCCCCCACGCCCUGUGCACCCAGCACCCUUGCCAGAAGCCCCACAGCCACAGCGGCUGCCCCCAGAAGCUGCCAGCACAUCUCUGCCUCAGAAGCCACACUUGAAGUUAGCCCGAGUUCAGAGUCAGAAUGGCAUUGUACUGUCAUGGAGUGUCCUGGAGGUGGAUCGAAGCUGCGCUGCUGUUGAUAGUUAUCACCUCUAUGCCUACCACGAGGAGCCCAGUGCCACCGUGCCCUCACAGUGGAAAAAGAUUGGGGAGGUGAAGGCCCUGCCCCUGCCCAUGGCAUGCACUCUUACCCAGUUUGUGUCUGGCAGCAAGUACUACUUCGCAGUCCGAGCCAAGGAUAUUUAUGGACGUUUUGGACCUUUCUGUGAUCCACAGUCAACUGAUGUGAUCUCUUCUUCCCAGAGCAGUUAAACCUUGGAGCCUUUAUCUUUUCCUGUUUCAGAAGUUCCACUUUUUAGUCUUGUUUUUAAUCUUGUGCAUGAUAUCCAAUGUAAAAUUCACAUUGUGCAAGAUUUCUUGGACUGAUGUGUGUAUACACUACAUUUGUUUAUAACCAGAAGCAAAAUAAAUUCAGCCUAUAAUGCAACAAUCUUUCCUGGACAAUUCAAGCUUCAGGGUUUUGAAAUAUAAAUGUGUAUCAUCUUUUAGUUAUGAGUCUGGGGAAUAUGUAUGGGUGUUUUAUGGUUUUUUUGUUGCUGUUUUUUGUUUGUUUGGUUUUCCUAUUUUUGUGUUUAGUGCAGUGGAAUCUCCCAUUUUCAUUCUCAAAUUUAUCUCUCUCUUCAGUAUGAAAUGAAUAGAUCAAAGAAUCUGAGGUGUAUAACAGGCGUGAUUCUGAUAAGGCUUUUAUAGAAUCAUGAUUAAGUGAUUCAAACUGAAUCUAAAUAAAACCCAAAGAACUAACUGAAAAGCAAAAUGGAUAGCUUAAAAUAAGUUAAUCUGAACACAGGAAAGGAGCUAAUCAUUUUUUUCUGUUAUUUCUUCUCCUGGGUGUUAGGUGAAAAUCAAUCUGCACAACCCUUCCCCCAUCUUCCCUUAAUCUGGCUUUUAAAUUUAUUUGUGCCUUAAAGGUUAACUCCAGAAAUAAACAUGGCCAUACACUGUUGUUUACUCUUCCCUUCUAGCUUCUCUACCUUAAUUUCUCUUUUCACUUCCACCAUAUUUGGCACAUACCUCUCUAGUCAUUUUUAAACCAAGGCCUUUAUAUAUACUCUACCCCAAAUCUGUGCUACCCACUGCAUUUGACUUGCCAUUUUCUUCUUAAGUGUAUAGAUGACUUUCACUUUUGUUCAGCAAUCCAUAAAAUGGACAAGUGGACCAAGAGAAAACCGUAUUGUGUAUAAAAAGUUUCCAUCAAACCAGUUUCUGCGUCCAUGUUGCACACUGCAUUAGAUUUCUAAAGCACUUGUUGUUUACACUGUCAUCCAUAAUGUAGUAGUCUUUCAAAGGAAGAAAAUAGUAAAAGUUCACAAAUACAGUGAGCUAAUGUAUCAAAGAGAAAGCUGUGUUUCCUCUUUAUUCUCAUGUUAAUCCUGUUUUUAAUCUUUUAUCUUGGUUUUGAUUGUGCCAAAUUGAGCCUGAUUUAGCCUUUAUCUGCUUUGGACUACAUUUAAAGUAGCUCUGUGGGGUCCUUUCAUAUAGCAAUUAGACAUAACCACUCGUGUAUCUCCAUUCCUCUUCAAGAAAUAAAAUUCAGUCAUAUUUUCAUUAUUGGAUGCAAGCUAUCUGGUUAUCAGGUAGGAAUUUUCAGUGUAGGUAAUUUAGGACAGGAGGGCUGGGUUAAGUUUUAGGGAUGAGUGUGGUUGAGAAAAUUUUGAAAGGUAUUCAUGGAGUUUGUGAAAUAACUUUUCAAGUUCCUUCCCUUGGUGUUUUGAAUUUAUAUUUCUGCUUCUCUAAAUAUAUUAUUUUUUCCUGGGAUUAUAGGUGGGAGCUAUUCCUUUUAUUAGUUUACAACUUGAUAGCUUCUAAUAGGAAAUACUAUUCUAGAUGUAAAAAUAUCUUUAGAUACUUUUUUACUGGUCAUUGUAAUGUUAUCUUAGGUGUGAAGUUUGAUUAGUAAUAGAGGAUGACAACAGUUGCCAGGAUGUAAACUCUCUAAACCUUCAUUUUACUCUGAAAACUUUGAGACAAUGAGAAUUACUUUUCCAUGAAUUAAAUUUCCCAACCAUGUAGAUACUGCUAAUUUUGGGACAAAUCAUGAGAUGUUCCCACUAUUACAAGAAUGAAAAUUUCAAAAGGAGAAAAUUGACAUUACAAUAUGUAUGAAUACCUAUCAAUAUAUGCAUGUAUACAUGUUUUUACCUGCAAUGGUUGUAAUGUUGAUUAUGUGAUAAAGAUCAUUCUGGUCUACAGAAUGGAAAGCUCAUAUUCACAAUAGUUUAUUGGCUGAUUUCAUGGUCAAGUUGUAAAGAUUUGUUUACCUAGUCUACAAAAAUUUCCCUUGUUGAAUGUUUUUAAUAUUCACUACAUUAAUCUUGUUUUUAAAAAUGUAAUUGCACAUAUCAUCAGAUGAAGAAAGCCCAGUAGAAUGAAUAUUUUGUAUUAUUUUAGCCUGUGUUGGCUGUUUUCUGUCAAAAAAAA